UAAGCUGAGCGGACACGUUCACAUUUGUGAUUGUUUUUCGGUCGAUUUACUUAGUAUAUUCUUACUUAAUCCACAUGAAAAUUUCAAACUUUCGCACUUUUGCUUCAAACAAAUUUUAAACAAAGAAAAAGGCAAAUAAUCAACGUUGGAAAUAAUGUUAUCGAGACAUUUUAGGGAGAUUGAUCACCAAAGUAGGCGGUAUUUGUGUGCUACAACAGCACGUACAUAUGUAUCGCAAGUGCAGUCGAAGACUGAUGGCAGCAUGGAAAAUGCACGACCUUACGCUGAAGUACCCGGACCAAGUAAAUUGGAACUCAUACGCUUAUUUAUGCCUGGAGGUCUAUUUGCUAAAAAGGGCUUUUUUCGUGCCAUAGCAGAGAUGGAAAAUAGAUAUGGACCACUUUUUCGCUUUCCUGGCAUAUUCGAUAAGCCAGAAAUCGUAAUUGAUUUGAAUCCAUCAGAUUACUCGAUUAUUUUCCGCAACGAAGGACCAUGGCCGGAUCGACGAACUUUCGAUACAUUUGUCUACCAUCGCGAGAAACACCGGCCGGAGUUUUUUCAAGGUGUCGACGGCAUUAUUUCCACUUCGGGCGAAAAAUGGGCUAAAAUGCGCACAGCUGUGAACCCAAUACUGAUGCAACCGAAAAAUGCUAAAUUAUAUUUAAAUACACUCUCGGAAAUUAACAAUGAAUUUUUGGAAAGAAUUCGCGAUAUACGAGAUCCCAAAACACUUGAAGUGCCAGGAGAUUUCAACGAUGAUAUUAAUCGGCUUGCUUUUGAAGGUAUUGCUGGCAUCGCUUUGAAUACCCGUCUCGGUUUGAUACGAAACAAUAGAAACAGUGACGAGAGCAAAACUAUAAUGAAGGCUGUACGCAGCUUCUUCAUACUCUCCGAAGAGUUAGAGAUCAAACCUUCGAUAUGGAAAUAUGUGGGAACGCCGAAAUUCUAUGAAAUGAUGGAAACCCUCGAUACGCUCACAGACAUUUGCAAUAAGUACAUAAACGAGGCCUUGGUGCGUAUCGAACACGACAGCGAAGGCAAUCUCACCUCAGAGGAGGGAAAGGAGAAGAGUGUGCUGGAGAAGUUGGUGCGUGUCGAUAAGAAAUUCGCUGUGGUAAUGGCGCUCGAUAUGAUGAUGGCCGGAAUUGACACGACAAGCUCCACUUUAGCCGGCCUACUUCUAUGCAUUGCAAAGAACCCCGAAAAACAACAGAAACUGUUUGAAGAAAUAAAACGCAUCUUACCAAAAAAAGAAUCACAACUCACUAUCGAAAAUAUGCAAAACUUGCCGUAUAUGCGUGCCUGCAUCAAGGAAGGCAUCCGUUAUUAUCCAAUUUUACCAGGCACCGUACGGCGUCUACCCACUGACGUAGUCCUUAGCGGCUACCGGAUACCCGCCGGCACAGACAUAUCCAUCAGCGCCAAUGUGGUGAUGAAUGACAAACGGUAUGUACCACAACCGGAUAAGUAUAUACCGGAACGUUGGCUGCGUAAUGAUCAAUCCGCGCAAGCUUUGGAGGGACAUACUAGCAAUCCAUUUAUGUAUGUACCCUUUGGCUUUGGGCCACGCAGUUGUGUCGGCAAGCGUAUCGUCAAUUUGGAACUGGAAAUCACAUUGGCGCGUUUGGUGCGAAAUUUCCACAUUGAAUUCAAUUAUCCGGCAGAAAAUGCCUUUGCAAUGAAAUUUAUGAGUGUGCCGCAGAUACCACUCAGAUUUAAAUUCACUGAGAGGAAUGAAUAACUGAGUGUAGGGAGAUGGAGAGUGAUAUAUUUAUAUAUACAUGUAUAUGUGUAUAUAGUUAUUUGCUUAAUUGCUUCAAAUUAUUUAAAUGUUAUUAUCAAUUAGCUUUCAAAAAAACAUUCAUUAGAAUUAACACAUGAAUGUAAGCAAGCUCAUAAUACAUACAUACAUAUUUCUCUGAAAAACGAGCUGUCUCAUUAUAUAUAUAUUGCAUAUAUUUAAACAACAGACUAAAGCUCAUCUUCAAUUUAUGAUUAAUUAAAAGUAAAAAACCCGUCAUGGGAAAGACUAUUUUGUACAAGAAAACAAUAAAGUAGCGUAA